GACUCAGUUAUUAAGCAGCAACUGGCGUAGCCUGCACUCUUAAAAUGUGGAUUUUCGUAGUAGCUCUUGUGACGCUUCUAAUUCUCGGCUAUCUGUAUUCCACCAGGAAAUUUGACUACUGGAAGAAGAGGAAUGUGCCCCAUUUUCGACCGGUCCCGUUUUUCGGCACCAUCUACCCGGUGCUGAUGCACAAGAGGUCAAUUUCGCAAUACCUCUGCGACGUUUACAACAUGACGGAUUUCUCUUGCGGCGGCUUCUUCCUCUUCGACAAGCCGGCGCUGGUGGCCAAAGAUCCGGACUUAGUCAAGAGCGUUUUGAUGAACGACUUCUCGCACUUUGGGGAUAGGAACACGGCCGAAAAUAAAGAGAACGAUUUACUAAGUGCGGUUUCGUUAUUUAUGCUGAAAAAUUCCGAGUGGGAGGAGGCGAGAUCGCGUUUCACCUCGACCCUGUCUAUGGGGAAGGUGAAGGCCAUGUUCCCCUUGGUGGUAGACGCCGCCGACCGCUUCGUUGAGCACGUCAGGAACGUGGAGCUUUCACGGGAAGUGACGGAGUGCCGCGAAUUGUCAAUUAAGUAUUCACUGGAAGCGCUCUCGGCUUACGCCGUUGGAAUCCAAGCGAACUCCUUUCAGAACUCCGAUUUUUACCAGGCAGCUCGCAACUUACAAAACGCCACCUUCAGCCGCAUAGUGCACUCGAUUUGUUACUUUUUCGCGCACAUGUUCGUAAAGCCAUUCAGGAUGAAGUUUUUGGAACCCGAAUCAGUCAAAUUCGUCACCGAAGUUUUUAAGAAGAAUGUGAAACUGAGGAGGGAGGUGGAACACACUCGCGUAGGCCUACUGGAGGCACUCAUUAAAAUGGAAGGGGAAUUCAAGAACUACAACAUCGAUAUUCAGGGCUUAGCCAUCAGUCUCGAGUACAUAACGGCCGGAUUCAUGUCUAACGCGACAACCCUCUCCUUUAGCCUGUACGAUCUGUGCGUCAAUCCCAAGCAUCAAAUCCGCCUCAGAGGAGAGAUUCGCUCCGUGAUCGCCAAACAUGGCGGCUUAACCUACGCGGCUUUGCGCGAGAUGGAGUAUCUCGACAUGUGCCUGAAAGAGUCUCUCCGUAGACAACCGAUUUUGGGCUUCCUCGACCGCCUCUGCACGAAAACCUACCAAAUUCCGAACACGGACAUUAUCAUCGACAAGGGGAUUCCAGUCUAUAUUUCCCUUUACGGCUUGCACAACGAUCCCAGGUUCUUUCCCAAUCCGGAAAAGUACGAUCCGGGGCGUUUCGCCCCAGAAAACAGAGACCAAUUGGAACGUUUCGCGUAUCUGCCGUUUGGCGAAGGAAGGCGCAACUGUGUCGGUGUCAAUUUGGCUAACAUGAUUGUCAAAAUGGGAAUAGUGAAGUUGCUGUUGAACUUUGAAAUUGUACCGUCGAAAAGUACACCUGACGAGAUUACCUUGGAACCCAGUGGCUUUAUAACGAUCCCUAAGCGGGAAGAGAUCAACGUGCGCUUUGUUAAGCUUGCAGAAUGAACAUCAGGUGAUAGUGAUUACGCGGGCAUCCGUACCCAUUAAUCUUGCGAUUACGCUAAUGUAAAUAAACAGUUGUUAUUUGUAGAUUAAUAUAACUUUUAAUUGUUCUUAUUUUGAAAUUAAAUUAUUAGUACCAAU